GGUUAACAUAUGUGGUGGUGCUAAGGACGGAUGCAAUGAGAGGAUGGCAGAAGAUGCACCACCACAAAACAAGAAAACCGACAGCGGGAAUUCCCACUACAUACAGUAAUGGCGUCAUUAUUCCUCCUCCUCUUCCCCCACAUUGAGCUCUUAAUUUCCCCUCGACUUUGCACAAAAACCACUCACCCCGGGAUACUUACACUGGAUUUAUCCUAGAUAUAUUGGCUUGAGAGCUUCAAAUCCUCCUUACAGGAUGGCGAUGGACGGAUUCUCAGUCCGUGUGCUGCCCAAACUCGACUCCUCCGUGGGGCACACUUUCUUCCAACCGAGCAAACGGAUCAACGAGGGUCAAGAUGUGACGGAGUUCCUGGCCUCUAAAGCUUAUGUCGACAUCAUGACCUUUCUCCUUCAGCUGAAUCGAUCCAUGUAUCCUACGAAGCUGCCCGAUGGACGGGUACAGAGCUGGCCUUUGAAUUCCGACGCUGUUGAGUUCUCGGCGCCAGUCCGACAGCUGCAACAACUGCUCUCGAAGCUUGAGGCGAUACUCGAGGAGGCGCCCCCGGAUACUGGUCCGCGGAGGUUUGGAAAUGUGAGCUUUAGGAAAUGGCACCAGCUUGUGGAAAGUCGGGCUUCGAGCUUGUUGGAGGAGUGUCUCUCUGCGGAUUUACUUCGCACCCCGUCGACUGCUGAUCCCAGUGGGCCAACAGCAGAGGUAGAGCUGCUCGCCUAUUUUCUGGGAAGCUGGGGAAGUCCUCAGCGGCUGGAUUAUGGCACAGGGCACGAACUGAGCUUUCUAGCUUUCCUCGCGGGAAUUUGGAAGCUGCAUGGAUUUCCUCAGAAUAGUGCUGGAGUCGAGGAGAGGGCAAUUGUGUUAGGGGUGAUACAACCUUACCUUGAAUUGGUCCGGAGUAUUAUCAAAAAAUACACCUUGGAACCGGCUGGCUCCCAUGGUGUCUGGGGCUUGGACGACCAUUCCUUUAUUCCUUAUAUUUUUGGCUCUGCGCAACUAGCACCAGCCAUAAGCGAGUUAGAAAAUGUCCCGGAAGAAGGUUCUUUGGCGGAUGCACCACCACCAAACGGGGUGGCCAAGGCGAAUAUCGUCGAAAGAGAAAGAGGAACGAAUCUAUACUUCUCCGCGAUCGGGUUCAUCUACGACGUGAAGAGAGGUCCGUUCUGGGAGCACAGCCCGAUGCUGUACGAUAUAUCUGGGAUUCAGGCUGGCUGGGCCAAGAUCAACAAGGUGAGGGAUUGCGUCGUAGUGCCACGGCCUGGGCUGAUCAAAUCUAGGGAAUGAUUAAAAUGUACAAUGCCGAGGUGCUGUCCAAGUUUCCGGUCGUGCAGCAUUUUCCAUUCGGGUCAUUGUUCAGCUGGGAUCGCGAUCCAACCGCACCAGUUUCUGCAGCCACUGUUCACACAACCACCCCACAAAAAAGACCGAAUGAUACAUCCCAUCCUCCCAUGCCGCCGGCAGCAGGUGGAACCAGAGCUCCCCGGGCCACAGCCAAGGGUCCCGAGCUACCAGAUACCUCAAGACUCCCUCCGGGUGCAAUGGCGCCGACCCGGGCGCCGUGGGCUCGCUCACAACCAACAGGGCCGGCUCCCACUGGGGAUUAUUCCGGACCUGCUCCAACCCGGGCACCUUGGGCCAAAUGAUGGGCUUCAUCCCGUGAAAACAGUGCUGUUGAAUGUUUUUUAAUCCUACAUGAAUUACGGAUUGUAGCGCGAUAUGUCGAUAUGUUCAAU